UAUUAAAUAUUAUAUUAGCCCAAUACAAUAUACACGAAAAUACACGAAAAGGAUAAAAAAAACCAGAAAGGAAAUCGUAGAAAAAUAAUGGAUCAAAGAGGGUAAGCUGAAGAACUCUUUGAUUUCAAACCCAAAAUCCAUCAAAGAUCUCUGGAAGAGAAAAUCAGACGAAAAUGUGUUGAAAAUGCUACAAAAAGUUCUUUGAUGAGAGAAUAGGAAGUGAAGAUAUAAGGAGAAGGAAGCUCGAGUUCGAAGGAAAGAUAGCAGAACGGUAUUUUGUUUUUCUUUAUCCGCGGAAAUUUUCUUCCACUUUCUCGAGCUCCAAUCAGGUUAUGGAUUUUUAGCGGUGAACAAUGCAACCGCCAAAUCAGCACUCGCGGAUCAAUCUCCUUGAGUUGAAAGCUCAGUUAAUAAAGAGACUGGGGCCUGAGAGAUCGAAACAGUACUACCAUUAUUUGAAUAAAUUGUUGAACUUGAAGCUAAGCAAGGUUGAGUUCAAUAAGGUUUGCUUUCGUGUUCUCGGGAAAGAGAAUGUUAGACUACACAAUCUCCUAAUCCGUUCAAUAUUGAAAAAUGCUUGUAAUGCGAAAGUCCCUCCACUGCCUGUGACUAUCCUUGACGGUCAGCAAAUUGGGGAUGUUCUAUUGUCACCUUGGAAAGCAAGAUCUGGAGCAUCCAUUAGGCUUACUGCCAAGGUGGAUUCUGCUUCUCAUGAAUCAACAAUAACUAAUGACAUUAUUGUAUCUGAAAAUCAGGAUCUGACUUCUCGUGGUACAAAGAAGCCGGUGCAGCAUCAUCAAGAAGUUUCAGGCAAAGCAGAUAAUGGAAGAGAUGUUCUGCUUCCUAACUCUGAAGUAAAGGGAUCAGCCAAUAGUUUUGCUUCUGAAGAUGGCAGAGGUCAAAGUGAAGUAUUGUUUGCUGCAGAUGGAAAGGAGUUGUGUGCUAGAAGUUCAUUGCAAGCACCACUUGGAAUUCCAUUAUUCUCUAGUAGUAUCUCUGAGACCCGAAGGGCUUUGACUUUGGCAAGAAGUACUAGACAUGCCAAGUCAUAUGCUAUUGGUGGAUUGCUCGACUCUGAGGCACUGAGGGAACGCAUGCAACAAAUUGCUGCACUGGAGGGCCUUGAAGGUGUGCCAAUGGAUUGUGCCAAUAUCUUGAACAACGGACUGGAUGUCUACUUAAAGAGGUUAAUAAGGAUGAGCUUUGAGCUAGUAGGAACCAGGCAUGGAUGUAGUUUGAGUAAAAAUAAUACAGUGAAGCAGCAUUCCCACUGGAAUCUUGUUAACGGUGUCUCACCAAGUCACCAUAAUCAGGUUCAAAAUAGCAGCUGGAAUUUGGAAGCUAUAGACGAACAGAGAUACUACAAACUGAUUUCUUUGCUGGAUUUCAAGACUGCCAUGGAAUUGAACCCACAGAGGCUUGGAGAAGGCUGGCCAGUACUGCUUGAGAAGAUAUACAUGCAUUCACCCGAGGAAUAACAUUCAGGAACUUGUGUGUCUGUCAGUAAUUUAUUUGGUAACUUAAUGUCAAAAGGUUCCCGGAAGUGGAAAUAAGUUUUCGUGAGCAGGGUGCUGCAUUUAGGAUUAUGCCCCCUAAAACACGAUACUUGUGGUUAGUUGGCAACUAGUCAAAAGGGAUAAGGAGAAAAGCAAACACAUGAUUGAUUGCCCUGUUGUUGUACCUUUAGCAUUAUUUUGGUUCACUUAGUUUUUUCUAUAAUAGCCUAUGAGGAAAAAUUUGUAUUACAGUUUUGCAGGAAUAAUAUCUUAGCUUAGGAGGCAGACAAAUUUCAUGAUGUGAAAUUCCACUUUAUUCACUUGCAACAAUCCAGUUAGAAUCUUAAUAUCAAAA